CACCCAACAUUCAAUAUUCAUUCAUCCACCACCCAAUUCCACUUCAAGUCAACACUUUGACUUUCCAAUUUCCCCCAAAUGUCUCUACUAACCCUACUCUUCAUCUUCCUCCUUUCAUCUCCACCACUCAUCUCAUCCACCAUCCCACCACCAACCGCCUACGAAGCCCUCGAAUCCUACGGUUUUCCACCCGGUCUACUUCCGGUGGGGGUCACCGGCUACACCCUCGACGAACAAACCGGCAACUUCGAGGUGUACAUAGGCCAGACAUGUAAGUACACCGUUCAAGGCUACAACCUCAAAUACGAGUCAACUAUUAGUGGAGUUAUUAGCCAAAACAAGCUCACCAAACUCAAGGGUAUUAGUGUCAAAGUGUUGUUCGUUUGGUUGAGUAUUGUUGAAGUGUCACGUGAUGGUAAUGAGUUGUAUUUGUCGGUUGGGAUUUUGUCUGCUGCGUUUGAUAUUACUGGGUUUGUUGAGUCCCCGCAGUGUGGGUGUGGGUUUGAUUGUAACGAUGUUGGAAGCGUGGAGAUUAAGGAAGAUGGGUUAAGGUCUGUUUGGUAGUUAGUGUAGCAUUAACUAACGUUGUCUAGAUAGAUGGUUGUUGUUGUUGUAAACGUACCUACCAACUUAAUUUAUAGUCAUGAAAGUUGGUUUAUUUAUAUAGCAUGAGGACGUUUUUAUUAUGUAUGGUAUAGUAAGUUAUAUAAAUGAGCGGUAUGUUUUUGGUUUGUUU